CCCAAAAUAGGCUCAUUGCCUUAGAACCCAAAACUCCCCAUGCCCUCCAAAACAAUGAAUAUCCAUUCUCCAUCAUACAUUCUUGCAACAUUCAUUGCAAUCACAACAAUAAGCAACAAUGUUGUCGUUACAGAGGGCGUGAUAGGCAUAAACUGGGGACGUUCGACCGCACAACGCCUGAUCCCAUCUGUCGUGGUCGACCUCCUCUUGCAAAACCAUGUCCCGGCCGCUAGGGUUUACACGUCCGAGGAAGACCUACUGCAGGCGUUUGUCGGGAGCGGCAUCGACCUCAGCAUCACUAUUCCUGAGUGGACCGAGGUUGCAACCUACGACCUCGCCCAAGCUUGGGUCCGCCAGAAGUCUCCCUGGUUCGGACCCUCCAACAUAAAGUGCGUGAUGAUCGGGACCGAAAUAUUCGGCCUGGGGAUGAACGAUACGGAACUCCAGAGGCGGAUGAUCGACGCCUUCAACUACACCCAACUCGCGCUCAACGAUGCUGGCUACGGGCACAUCAAGGCCACGUUUCCACACCCUUUAGCCGUACUCGAUGAGUUUAAGAAGCCGUCCGAGGCCGUGAUCAGGGAGUCGGUUCGGACCCAGUUCUUGAGGCACCUCGACAUUGUCCGGGAAAGCGGUGCCCCCGUCAACAUCGAGUUCUUCCCGGUCGAGCUCAUGCGCAUCCUCAAUAUCACCGACCUCAGUUUUGCCAUCGCCGACGGCCGCUCAUCCCAUGCCAUAACUGACAUCGGCGGCGCCGUCUACACGGACGUGUUUGAGUUCUCGUACGACGCGUUCGCGUGGGCCCUCGAGAAGCUCGGGUACGGUGAUGUCAGGUUCGUCGUCACCCAGGUCGGGUGGCCCACCGAUGGGUUCAUCAAUGCCAACGUCACCACCGCCGAACGAUUCCUUGGGGCCCUUCUCCCGUUCGUCGCCAGCGGCCGCGGGACCCACAAGCUCCCGGGGAAGCCGAUCGACAUCUAUGUGCACGCGCUCACGGACGAGAACCUGAACCCGCCCUUCCUCGCGUACGGACGCCACUGGGGGAUCUACCGGUCAAACGGCGAGCCCAAGUACCGGGUCGACCUCACGGGCCAGGGCCGGGUUAUGUUCCCGGCCAGGGCCCGCGGGAUCAGGCGAAUGCCCAACCGGUGGUGCGUGCUUGGGCCCACGGAGGACGGAGACGACGAGAAGGUGGAGGAGGCGUACUUGUUUGCGUGCGCGACGGGGGACUGCACGAGCAUGUACCCUAAGGGGUCGUGCAGCGGGCUCGACAGGUGGCAGAACGUGUCGUACGCGUUCAACAUGUAUUUCCAGGCAUUUUUCCAGGAUGAAAGGGCGUGUAAGUUCAAUGGGCUUGGACGGGUUGUGACCGAGGACCCGUCGACAGUCGGGUGCGUGUUCCCGGUGGAGGUCGUGAAAGGCCAGCAGGAGAAUUUCAAGAAUGUUACCGAGAGUAUGGCCACCGGAAAAGGGAACAGAGCUCGUCGGCUUCCUGGGCUCGCCGGAAAUCUCGUGCUUCUGGUUUCGACGUUUUGGGCAUUGUUAUUACUCCACGGCCGUUAGGGCAUUGUUAUUACUCCACGGCCGUUAAGUCACGACUCACGAGUGUUUGCGAAGACGAAACGGAUGCACGUGUAAAAAUCUUGUAGUAGUAAUCUCUUGUCGCUUCAGUACCGAACUGAUAAUUAAGUCUUGUCGAGCCCAACUGUUUGCGAACAUUGGGGAUUAAGAGGAAGGGGUACAAAAGCUGUUGGGAGGAUGGAUAAUAGAUAGAAUUAGGAUGACAUGGGGAGCUCGUUGCCUUACAGCCCAAAACUCCCCAUGCCCUCCAAAACCAUGAAUAUCCAUUCUGCAUCACGCAUUCUUGCAAUAUUCAUUGCAAUCACCACAAUAUGCAACAAUAUCGUGGUUACGGAGGGCGGCGUGAUAGGCAUAAAUUGGGGACGUUCGACCGCGCAACGCCUGAUCCCAUCUGUCGUGGUCGACCUCCUCUUGCAAAACCACGUCCCGGCCGCUAGGAUUUACACAUCUGAGGAAGACCUAUUACAGGCGUUUGCCGGGAGCGGCAUCGACCUCACCAUUACCAUUCCCGACUGGAAGAAGGUUGCAACCUAUGACCUCGCCCAAGCUUGGGUCAGCAAGAAGUCUCCAUGGCGCGUCAUGGUUGGGACCGAAAUUUUCGGCAUGGCGAUGAACGACACCCAACUCCAGAGCCGGAUGAUUGACGCCUUCAACUACACCCAAAUUGCUCUCAACGACGCCGGCUACGGUUACGUCAAGGCCACGUUUCCACACCCUUACAUCAUACUCGACGACUUUGCGAAGCCAUCCGAGGCGACGAUCCGAGAGUCAUUCCGGACCCAGUUCGUGAGGCACCUCGACAUCAUCCGGGCAAGCGGUGCCCCCGUUUGCAUCGAGUUCUUCCUGGUCGAGCUCAUGCGCGUCCUCAACAUCACCGACCUCAGCUUCGCCAUAGCCGACGGGCGCUCGUCCCACGCCAUAACCGACGUCGGCGACGCUGUCUACACUGACGUGUUCGAGGUUGCGUACGACGCGUUCGCGUGGGCCCUCGAGAAGCUCGGGUACGGCGAUGUCGAUUUCAUCAUCACCCAGGUCGGGUGGCCCACUGACGGGUUUAUCAACGCCAAUGCCGCCACCGCCGAGCGGUUCUUCGAGGCACUUCUCCCGUACGUUGCUAGCGAUCGCGGGAGCCACAAGCUCCCGGGGAAGCCGAUCGACAUCUACUUGCACGCGCUCACGGACGAGAACCUGAACCCGCCCUUCCUCGCGUACGGACGCCACUGGGGGAUCUACCGGUCAAACGGCGAGCCCAAGUACCGGGUCGACCUCACGGGCCAUGGCCGGGUUAUGUUCCCGGCCCGAGCCCGCGGGAUCAAGCAAAUGCCUCAUCGGUGGUGCGUGCUUGGGCCCACGGAGGACGAAGACGACAUGAAGGUGGAGGAGGCGUACUUGUUUGCGUGCGCGACGGGGGAUUGCACGAGCAUGUACCCCAAGGGGUCGUGCAGCGGGCUCGACAGGUGGCAGAACGUGUCGUACGCGUUCAACAUGUAUUUCCAGGCAUUUUUCCAGGAUGAAAGGGCGUGUAAGUUCAAUGGGCUUGGACAGGUUGUGACCGAGGACCCGUCGACAGUCGGGUGCGUGUUCCCGGUGGAGGUCGUGAAAGGCCAGCAAGAGAAUUUCAAGAAUGUUACCGGAAAAGGGAACAGAGCUCGUCGACUGCCCGAGCUCGCCGAAAUUCUUGUGCUUCUGGUUUUGACGUUUUGGCCAUUAUUAUUACUCUACGGUUAAGUCA